ACAAGUUAAAGGAAAAACAGAUAAAAUUUAUAGUUGCAACGUGGUUUGUUUUGCUUUGCACACAUCCACGCAAUCGCAGCAGAAAUUUAGCUGAAAAAAGCACAUGAUCAUCACCGUUUCUCCAAUCCAUUAUUAUUAGUAUUUCUCCUAAAUUCAUCCCCUUUUCUCUACCAAAAAAUCACCAACAAAAGAUGAACAAUCGGUCCAUACACAACUCGGUUCCCACCGAUAUUGCCUUCAAAAUCGCCUCUUUGCUUCAGGAGUUGGAUUUGUGUGCGUUGGGUAGUUGCUCUCGGUUUUGGCGGGAGCUUUGUGGGUCGGAUCAUAUAUGGUCAGGUCUAUGCAUAGACAGGUGGCCAGCCCUAGGUUUUGACAAAGGUCAAUCUUAUGAUGUUGUUCCUGAAUUCAACCCUCAUCAUCUCCAGCAGCAGCAUUUGGACUCUAAUUUGAAGGGAUGGAGGGGAUUUUAUGUGAAUAAACAUCAUGAGAUGGCUAGUAAAGCAGAUGCUGUUAUUGCUUUUUUGGAACAAUGCAUAUCGUCAGAGUCCAUCGAGGUUAAUCAUUAUCUGGUUGCAAUGCAAAAUAUGCAUUCAAUGCAGUUUGGAUUUAGAGAUGUAGUGUUGUUCUUUUUCAAAGAAAAUCUUCAUGUGCUGCUUAAUUUGGCUGGUAUGCACUACUGUAUAGCAUGGCUUGGAGUGCCGGCUGAGCGUGUGAUGGAAGCCUUAUAUAGGAGCAAGAUUUCCGAUAGAAAAAUAUGUGUUCAGUGGUGGAAGCUCGGGCGGUGGUCGUACGGAUUUAGACUGCGUGACGAGUCAAUUUCAAGGAGGGCUUCCCUUAGAGAUCUUGCAAUGACAAAAGAGCAGGAAGUUCUUGACGUUCUUUAUCGCGGUGCAAUUCAUGAGGUCAUACGCGUUCAGAUUUCAGCACCUAAGCCCGUUAGUUCUCAUUGGUCAUGCCAAAGUCAGAUUGCAGGAACAUCAGGUUAGAAAAGGUUUCUUUCUAUCUGAGGUCAGUUGGUUAUUUGUCUGUGUGUAUGUGUACGUAUAUAUGUAUAUAAUGCAUUGUGUGCAUAAUUGUUGGUAAUGGUAUAUAAGUCCAAAAAUGGUAAAUGAUGUAAUUUAUCUUAACAAAAUAAGGCAUCUGUGUGUAUUGAUUUGCCUGAAGGAUGUUUUUUUCAUAAGCUAGUUUUGUUUUAA